UGUCCGGUUCAACCUACGUCCUAAAUAAUUUAAAGACUGAACGACAUUUCUCCCUAUCUGUUAUUUGUUGAUAUAGCUGGCAUACUGCGAAGGAGUCAUGUUUACCUCCCAAACAUCUAUGCAAACGUCCUCAUUUCAAGAUUCAAUUGAUGUGGAAGAAAAGGACAUCGACUAUGACAAUGAAGACAUAGGAUAUAAUCAGAAAAUACAAUUGAACUGUUACUAUACCAUUUAUCUCUACCAGGGCACAAGAUCUGAGGCAGCUGCAGAUGGCAAUGUGGCAUGGAGCCAGAGAAGGACAGAUUCCACAGCAAGUACCAGUCAGGAAGACUUUAGCCUAACCUUAGUGGACAGCAGCCUGCCGUCAGAAGCAGAACCAGAGCUGAGAUGCUACAUCUCACGGAGGUUGAGCAAAGGAGCCCUACUGGGGGGCAUGGGCAACAUCGCUACUGUUGAACUCAGCAGUGUUCCAGAGGCAGCGGUGGGCUGUUACUGCUGUCUGGUGGAGCAGGAGAGAUCCCCAGAGCAGCCUGACGCAGAGGCUAAUGGCUACGUAAUCUGCCUGAUGGGUGGCUCUGAGAAAGGCCUGAACCUGUUUAGACUUGAGCUUGACAAGUACGUGCAAGGCUUACAGAGCAGUCUACAGACUCCUGAGCUGGUGAACCUGGAAAAUGAAAUCAGGCCCUACCUGAGCAGGUGGUACGAAGAGUCUGUGAUGCACAUCCACAGAGUGGUACAGAUGGCCCAGGGGAGUAUCUGCUUCCUGCUACAUGCUGCUUUGAGUCACAAACACGUGGAGGUCACCAAUGCAGACGACAGGACCAAGGCAGAUGUUGCUAGGUUCAUUAGGGCAGCCAGUCUGCAGGGCCUGGUCCAGGAGGACAUGUGUAAGACCAUCUCACAGGAGGCUCUCACUGACCUGAUCGUAGACUGCUCCACCAGCCCUCCCAUGCUCUCCAACACAGUCAGUAAUCGUUUUUGUGACGACUGGAUCCAGGCAUUCCUGAAAGCUGCAGAGCGCUGUAACCCUUUCCUGCUCAGACAGAUACUGGAGAACUUCAAACUCAAGGCAAUCCAGGAUAUGAACAGUCUGAAGCGGUUUAUCCGGCAGGCUGAGUCCAGUCACUAUGCUCUGUUCCGCUGCUGCCAAUUUCUGCAGAGCUGUGGAAAUGGGGACGUGCUGAUUCAGAACGCCCGUGCCGAACACAGAGACAUGCCUGAGGCUUGCAGCAUCAUUCAUGUGCUAGACGAGUUCCUUAGCGAGCAGCGGGCCCAGGGAUGAGUUAGUGACGGGCGCAUGGGGAUGAGAGACAUCAGGGUGACAGUAGUUCAACACUUAUUGACAAUGACACCUCCCAGGAGACAAUAGUUCCA